CAUCCGCCUUCAGUUGUGGCUACUACAAGGAGGUUACCUUCUGAUUCCGGUGCUUUUGCUGACUGGGCGGCUCCGUCUUCCUCCGCCGGCCGCGCUCCCCCUGAUGACCUCUCUCUUGGCUUCAAUGCCGCUCCUGCUGUCGCGCCACCUGCCGGACCCCCUGCCCCUUUGUGGUCCGCUGCGGCUGCCGCUCAGAGGUCUCUCAAUUAUGGCCUUGGAUCGGAGAUGGGAAUGGUCGGGUUACGAGAUGUGUAUGUUGUCGCUCCGGCUGCCUCUUUUAAUCCAAAUCCUCACCAUCACGACCCUAAUCUCAUCUCUGAUGAUCAUUCCCUUGCCGCCUCUAACUCCGCCACUGCCCUCGGUGUCGGAGUAGGCGUCGGUGUUAUUCCGCUUCUCACUGCUGGCCCCUGCCUCGGCGUUGAGGAGGAUAAUCUCUUGGGUAGUCGCAGUGGUAGCAGAGGCGGAGGGAUUCAGCUAUGGCAGCAGAAUCAGCAAUCGACGCAACAUUAUUUGAAGAAAACGCCGUCGUCUUCUCUCGACCAUCACCUCCAUAAUGCCUCCGGUACGAACAACGACCUUAUCGGAGGAGGAAUCGGCGUCUUUGGAGGUUUAGCUUCGUCGUCCUCGGCGACGACCACGUGCCAGGACUGUGGGAACCAAGCGAAGAAAGAUUGUAGUCGUGGACGCUGCAGAACUUGUUGUCGAAGCCGAGGGUUCGAUUGCGCGACUCACGUGAAGAGCACGUGGGUUCCUGCAGCCCGCCGGAGAGAGCGACAGCUCAUGGCCAUCACCGGAACCGCCGCAGAUGGCUCUUCAGGUUCCGCCUCCGGCACGAAGAAACCGAGGCUUAUAGCCUCGCAAACCACUUCUCACACUUCCACAUCUAACACCACACCUCCAGGAAGCAUCGACACGAGCUCCAGUCAUCAAGAUGCAGGAUUUAAAGAGGAAUUACCAGGCCAAAUACGUGCACCGGCGGUUUUCAAGUGCGUGAGAGUGACGGCGGUGGAUGACGGCGAGGACGAGUACGCGUAUCAAGCGGUCGUGAAGAUCGGGGGCCAUGUUUUCAAAGGAUUUUUGUACGAUCAAGGCGUUGAAGCCGGAGAUGGCUUUCCUAAUGUAUCGGAACUGCAUUUGAGCGACGGCGGCGGUGGGAGCAGAAAUAAUCGGAAUGGAUCUUCUUCUGCUCCGUUUGUCGAUCCAUCGGAUGUUUACAACGCGGCCGCCUCCGGCAAUGGUGGUGCUCCAGGUUUUCUCGGUGGUUCAAAUUAUGGUAAUCAAAUCCGCUGAUAUAUUUUAUUCUAAUUUUCUUAACGGUUCAAGGUUCUUCCCAGAAUCAAUUGGAAGCCAAGGAUCUGCAACUGUGUAAUCUCAUCGGACUCUUCUUCCUUUUCUACUAACCCAAUUUUCCCUUGAAUCCAAUUUAUUUAUGUCUCAUCAUCUUCUUGGACUGAUUCAGAUUGUGUAUAUCUCACUUCUUUCAACAAAUUCUCCUUACUCAAUAUUCAACUCUUUUCAUGCCUUUGAUCUUUCACC